AUGAAGUUCAAUCCACGAGUGUCGAGCAGCCGCCGCAAGAGCCGCAAGGCUCAUUUCACGGCGCCAUCCAGCCUCCGCCGUGUUCUCAUGAGCGCGCCUCUCUCCGCCGACCUCCGCGCCAAAUACAACGUCCGCUCUAUGCCGGUGAGGAAAGACGACGAAGUUCAGGUCGUUCGUGGUACCUUCAAAGGCCGUGAAGGUAAGGUUACGCAGGUUUACAGGCGUAAGUGGGUGAUUCACAUCGAACGCAUCACAAGGGAGAAAGUGAAUGGAUCUACCGUGAAUGUUGGUGUUAACCCUUCGAAGGUUGUUAUCACGAAGCUGAGACUCGAUAAGGAUAGAAAAUCGCUUCUUGAUAGGAAGGCGAAGGGACGUGCUGCUGCUGAUAAGGAGAAGGGUACCAAGUUUGCUCCUGAGGAUAUUAUGCAGAAUAUUGAUUAG